AUGGUAGAAGGAGUUGUCGAUUCGGAGACGGGUAAUAAUCAGAUAGUGUUGUGGCAGAACACUAAUGAAACUACGGAAACUGAGACUGAGGAGGAGGAGAACCAGCCAUGGCCACCCGUGAGAAUGUUCUUCGAGCCAAUUGAGGAAAAGAAGCCGAUAUUCUGGAAAGAGAUAUGCAAGAUCGAUGUUGAUGCCCGAGAUAAUAAGGAGCGGGUAAACCAUCCUGCAGUGGCUAAGAAAAAUGUGGUGACGGAGAAUGUGGCGCCUCUUGGAUUGGUGGAACAGCUUCAGAGCUUGCAGAAGAGUAUGGACGCUCAGUUUCUCCGAAUCAGUGCCCGAAUGGAUGACAUUGAUACAAGACUCUGCUCUGUAAAAAUAUAUAUAAAAGAGACAAGAAGAGAAAGAGAAAGACCAGGAGAUGAGGAAGGAGAAGUUUUACGAAAUGAUGUAGAACAUGAACAUGAACAAGGUGGAGAGAAACUUGAAAGUUUGGUGACAACUGAGAAAGCAAAGAAGCAGAAGCAGCCAAACCAGAAGCCGAAGAAGAAGCAGAAAGUGCCAGAGCAGAAGGAGCCGGAGCAGAAGGAGCCGGAGCAGAAGAAGCCAGAGCAGAAGGAGACGAAGCAGAAGAAGCCGGAGCAGAAAGAGCCGGAGAUGAAUGAGACGGAGCUGAAAGAGGCGGAGCAGAAGGAGGCAGAGAAGAAAGAGGCAGAUCAUAAGGAGGUGGAGCAGAAGGAAGCGGAGCAGAAGGAGACAGAGCAGAAGGAGGUGGAGCUGCUUGUAGUCCAAUCUCCGUAUCUGCUUAGAAGUAAAGAGGUAGAACCAGACUUUGCUGACGCUGUGAAUGUAGAAGUGGGUGCAGGUAAACGGAAACAAGAGCAAUCGAAGCUAGGGCCAAACACAAGGAAGAGACGUUAA